GUUACAUUUAGCUCACGAUUGGUACUAAUCUUUACUUAUGUCCAUUUGAAUAGCAUUGAUCAUGAACGUCUAUCAAAUCACGGAAGAAAAUCCGUCCAACAACUCGGACCUACCAAAUGUCAGUUUGCUCAUUCAAACUUCUAAUCGUAACCUGAAGUUGACAGCACCUACUCGUCAGAAACAUGAUCUUUGGUACCAGUCAUUGGCAUAUCUCUUGUCACGCCCGACUACACCAGGAGCAGACAUAUCAACCGAUAAUCAGACCUGGUCAGAGGUUCAGGCAAGUCGAGGCACAACGUCUGAUGCGUUACUGACUAUCAAGAAUGAAAAGACUGUUCGUAAAAAGGGAUCAUUUAAUCGGCUUCAAAGUAUGUUUGGCCGAACCAAGGAGAACUCUCCCGCUGUAUCACCUCGGUCAACACAUGGAAAUGUUCUUGCGGGACCUGGAUCAACACUUAAUGUAGGAUCUUUUACCUCCACUGUUGGCUCUACGAAUGAGAUCAAUAGUGAUGCUGGAAAUGGAAGUGGUAAUGAAAGUGUAGUGAACAGUGUGAUAGGGUAUCCCGGCCACAUGGCGAAUUCACAGACUACAGUUGGAGGAUAUGGAACCAUGAACGGUGGGCCAAUCAUGUCCCAGGGAUCCUCGUAUUAUCAUGAUGGUGAAAACGGUGAUGAUGACGAGGAUGAGGACGUUGAGCUCCCAGAGCAUAUGCGACAAUUCCGCGACAGAAAGCAUGAUAUUAGCGCGCAUUAGUGGAAUAGAGUAAAAACUUGUUUGAAUAAAAAAAUGAUUUUGUAC